CGGCGCAGAGCAGCGCUGCCGCCGCGGGGAGCGGAGCGGUGCCGGGCUCCGAGCGCCGUGCUCCCCCGCCCAGCCCCGGUCCCCCCUUCCCGGCCCGCCAUGGCGGCGGCCGUGGACGAGAGCACCUUGCCCUCCAUCUCUACUUUCGCUAACGUGUUGCCGUUGGAGGAGCGGCCCACCGACAUGCUCCACAGGAUGCUUCAGGUGGACGGCGCUGCUGCCGUGAAGCGGGAAGAGGAUGACUUGGGCAAGUUCGUGGACUUGGACUUCAUCCUGGCGCACACCAGCAGUGGCGGGCAGGGACCGCCCGGCCCCAACUAUCCCCUGCCCGAGACCCCCGAGAGCUGCGGCACCACCUACGACAGCGACGGCUCCUACCCCACACCGGGCAAGUUUCCGGCACCUUACCCCGAGGGCCAGGGCCACAGCUACGUGGCCGAGCUGCUCACCCCGGACCUGCCUGGCCCCUGCGACCUGCAGCGGAGGGAGUACACGGAGCUGAGGGUGCCUGGCGGCCCCCCGCACCACCACCACCACCCACCCCUGCAUCCGGCCCUGGCCCGUCCGCUGCCCCUGGAUCCCGCGCAGCCUUUCGGGCCCCGCAUCAAGAAGGAGCAGCCGGAGGAGCGCGCCUGUAUGCUGGGGCUGCCAGCCGCCGAGUACCUGGCGCCGGGCGGCGGCGAGCACAAGCCACGCGUGGCACCGGGUCCCGGACAGGGAGCGGUGCCGGGGCCGCCGCUGCCCUACCCAGGCUUCGCCCACGGCCGCCUGGGGCCCCCGGAGGAGCCUCUGCCUGGCGCCGACCCUCACCUCCUGGCCGACCUACCGCCCCACUACGCCGUGGCUCCGCACCGCUACGCGCCCCACUUUGCUCCCCAGCCGCCGCCGCCUCAGUUUCAUGGACACUUCAGUGUUUUCAGGGAGCCCCUGAAGGGGCCGGGGCCGGCCGGGCUACCCGGGCUGCUGGUCACGCCGCCCAACUCCCCGGUGCUGGAGUACUUUCCGGCCGGGGCCACCCCCGAGGACUGCAAGCCCAAGCGCGGCCGCCGCUCCUGGGCGCGCAAGCGAACGGCCACGCACAACUGUGAAUACCCGGGCUGCGGCAAGACCUACACCAAGAGCUCCCACCUCAAGGCGCACAUGCGGACCCACACGGGCGAGAAGCCCUACCACUGCACCUGGGAAGGCUGUGGCUGGAAAUUUGCCCGCUCCGAUGAGCUGACCCGCCACUACCGCAAGCACACGGGGCACCGGCCCUUCCAGUGCCACCUCUGCGAGCGGGCUUUCUCCCGCUCCGACCACCUCGCCCUCCACAUGAAGCGGCACAUGUGAGCGGCGGGCCGUGGCCGGACUUGGUGUCCCCAGAGCCAGCUCAUAUUGUAAAUAGUGUCAGGCUGGGGACAGCACUGGGGAGCAGCCCGGCUGCCCAGCCCUCUCCGCUUGUAGUUUAAGUAGCCUUCUCCUCUUGCCCCUGCUGUGAGAACUGGGCCCAGCUGAGGGGUGGGGAAGGGCUGCUUUGGGGUAUAGAUGGGGAGCAAAGCUGCAAGAAGUGUCUCCAGCCCCUGUCCAGACAGCACUACUCAGCUCCACACCUGGAAGGUACCCACCCGCCCCCCCCCUCCCCCCCCCGGCACCCUUUUGAGUGGGGGUGGGGGGGGCUGGUGCAGCAGGGAUCUGUCCCCAGAGCUCCUGGCUUGUAUUUGGCAUCAGCUUAAAAACCUUCUUCCCCCUCUAAUCUUGGCACCCCCCUGUCUCCAGGGGCUGUGGUGGCUGACUCUGGCUGGGUUUUGGCUGGAGACCUGUGCCCGCCUGGUGCGUGGGUCACGGUGCUGGGAAGUGGGUUGCUGGUCUUCUCAGUUGUGGCCGUUGGAACAAACCUCCUGACCCAAAAGCCCAGGAUGGAUGGGGCAAGGGUGGGACCUGACUGUGGUUCGUGGCUAGAAAGGUUUGCAGGGGUUGGCAGCGCAGCAACACCUUGCACAGGGAGUGGGGAUGCUCCCAUCUCUAGCUUGGGACCCUGCUGGGCAGUCCCGUCCUGGCCAUUCCCACAGUUUUCUGCUCAGGAUCCUAAAUUGGCUCUCCUGGCUCUUGUCUGCUUUCAUUUGUCUUGUACUUCCCCUCAGGAUGACACCAGGUACUGCUGCAGCUGCCUUCCCCUUGCUGCUUUUUUAAAUUUAGUGUGUAAAGGACAGUGAGUCCAGCUAUGAAUGCCCAGGUCUCUGCUAUACUUGAAACUUUCAUAAAGGGGGAAAAAGAGAGAGAACUCAAAGGAAAAUUAGUCUUUUUAUGUGCAGCUUCUGCAGAGCAAGUUGUAAAUUAAACAAAGCAGUAAUAUAUAAUGUUUCUGGUUUUUUAAUAUAUUUUUUUCUUCCAGCUGGGAACAUGGAUGAGUCUCGGCUUUGGGAAGUGCACUGUUCCCGUCUGUGUAUAUUGUUAAUUAACAUUUCUCUGCUUGGGCACGUUAGGUCUCUUGCACUCUGAAAUGUUACUUUUCUUUAUAUGCAAACUGUUGAAAUAUUGUGAUCUGCUGUAUAAUAAAUAAACAAGAUGUAAACAUGAAA